UACCCAUACUGUGUUUCAUUCUCAAGGAAAACAGAACGAUUCGUUUUCGGUAUAUAAACUCAGGUGAGAUGUCAUAGCAGUAUCAUUCGUUCAAAGUUCAACUUCCAAAACAAUACCUCAGGAACGGAACACAAUGGCAUUCAAAUUCAUCUCACUGUUUGCUCUUCUGGCUGUUGCCAGUGCCGGUCUUCUGCCAGCUGAUCAAUAUCAAUAUCAGCAAGCUUUCCACACCGCGUCUCCUGUCUACCACCAGCAACCACUGUUGAAGACCGUCGCUCAACCUGCCUAUGUCAAAACCAUCGCCCAACCCGCCUACGUUCAGCCAACCUACGUCAAGGCUGUCGCUCAGCCAGCCUACGUGAAACAGGUGGAGCAAUACGCCCCAGCCAAUUACGAAUUCUCCUACUCGGUCCAUGAUGCCCACACCGGAGACAUCAAGAGCCAGCACGAGACCCGCCACGGAGAUCAGGUCCAGGGACAGUACAGCCUGCUGGAUGCCGAUGGCCACCAGCGCAUCGUUGACUACACCGCUGAUGAGCAUACCGGAUUCAACGCUGUCGUCCGUCGGGAACCAGCUGCCGUCAAGAUUGCUCAGCCCGUGACCAAAGUCAUCGCACAACCGAUCGCUAAGGUUAUUUCACAGCCAGCGUACUACUCCAAUCACUAUUAGAUAGACCCCACGCAGUGCCAUUCGUCACCUGAUCAUCACAUCUGACAUCUUAGACUAGGUAGUUGAAUUUUGAAAAAAAUACAAAUC